AGCUACAUUUUCAUAUCACAACCCAAUCACCUAUCUUCCACACUACUUGCUGGCCGGUCCCAAGCCCCUUGUGUGUGUACAACAAUCACGACUUAGUACAGCACCCUUGUGUGUGAACACAACAUAAACUUAAGAGAACAUAUAUCCUACGCACUGGCAACCACCAUGGUUGAGAUCAUGCGUGCUCCCUCACUGGGACAAACAUUAUCGUCGAGCUCAUCUGAUAUGAUGGACAACAUGUCGAGCCGAUUCCAUUCUAUGGAUUUCGGUCCAGCCUCAGAGUCGACUGUAGUAUCGCAGCAGCAGCAGAAGAGCCCAACAAAGGAAUCUGUAUCCCAGAACAGUACACCCCGAGCACCCCGUCGCGCAUUUACUUCCGCCGAACACCCAGCAACCCUUAAUUCCGUCCUGGCCCUAAAGCGACAGCAACGUCUACCCACCCCGGCCGCUACGCCGCGGGAGGUAGCAGAGACAGAUUCUUACUUCGACGUCCAACCACCAAACCCACCAGCGGCGUCCCCGAUCCCAUCCUCAUUGCGCCUAGCAGGCCCACCUACGAUCAAGCGCCCAGUUUUGCCCGGACCGCUACGUUCAUACUCGGUAACUGACGUAGAGCCAGUGCCGUUCACGCAUCAGCCAGGCGUAGCCCUAACACUGGAGGACAUGCCGCCAGAGCUGCAUUACGCGAUUUUCGACUUUCUAGACCCGAUCGACAGCACGUGCCUGGGACUAACCAGCCCACAUUUCUACGCCAUUCAUCGACGGAUGCACGGUACGGUCCCGCUUUCGGCACGGCGGGAAGGGCCAAACGAUAUGGAGUGGGUGUGGCGGAACGCCUUCAUUUCAGGCCCAUUUGUGGGCGGCGCCAACGGGUCAGGGAAACAGAACGCACUCGCCACGUUAUCGCCUCGCGGCCAGGUAUACUGCCGCAAAUGCCGCACCGCACGCUGCGAGCUGCACAACCACAUCCGUGAAUGGGUAGGCGACGGUGUCGAGUACUGCGAGGUCUCGCAGAAGUUUGGCCCCGCGGCUCAUAAGAAUGCUAGAGGCUUCUGCUAUAGGAGCUCACCUAAACACCCCCAUCGUUGCGGAAGACAUACUAGACAGCAGAGAGCAGUGAGGCUCACAUGAGACGAGAAAGAUUAUGAAGAAGAAAGGUUUGGUGUGGGGUUUGAUAUAUCAGAUGAUAUUUUCCCCUUGAACAAAAGAUACCCAGUAGUGGUAUGAAACUGGCUGUGGAGUUUUGAGUAAGGAAUAACUUCUUUG